AUGGGUUGGUGGGGGUCCUCUAAGAAAGAAUCAGCUGAUUCUAAUGAAAAUACAAAUUCAUUAAUGGAUAACAAGAAAAUUCCAAUUGAUAAUGACGAAACACCUAUAACAAACUAUACAAGAGGACAAAAGAUACUGUUAGAAGACACAAGACCUAAGUUCAAAGGUGAACUAUCGCAAAGUCAAUUAGCCCAUCAAAAUGAACAGAAUCAGCUUAAGCAAGCUUGGGAUUCUGUUUCUAUGACUGACUUCUCAUUUGAGAAGCUUACUUCGAUUCCUUGUUUUAGAGAUGCAGGAAUGAUGGGGUUUUCCAGUUUAUUUGUUGUAGGUUCAAUUAUAUUCUUAUACCAUAAAAAUCCUACCAAGGCAACUAAUUGGGGGGUUGGUAGCUUUCUUUUAGGUUCAAUCGUUGGCUGGGAACAAUGUCGAGCUAAAAGAAGACGUAGUUUUCAAAAUGCACAAAGGGCAAAAGAAACCAUGGCCAAGAAAGAAAGACCUAUGUUAAAUAAGGUACAGCAUGAUGAGAGAUUGGUGAAUCAAUGGGACAAAUCGAAGAUCAAUGACAGUACAAAACCAUCUCCUACUAAUGAAGGUAAACCAUGGUAUAAAUUUUGGUAA